CUAAUUAUUAGGGUUAAGUUUGAUACACCUCUUUUUAUAACAGACUUUCAGUAACUAAUAUUUAAUAGCCAAAUUUAUCUUAAUAAAAUUAAAAAUUAUUAUUUAAGUACAUCUAAUUAAUUGAAUAAAAUAAAAAAAUGGGUAUUUUAGAAAAAAUCGGCGAAAUUGAGCGAGAAAUUGCUCGAACACAAAAAAACAAAGCAACGGAGUAUCAUCUUGGAUUGCUAAAAGCUAAAUUGGCAAAGUACAGAUCUCAGCUUUUGGAGCCGAGUUCUAAAAAAUCAGAAAAAGGUGAAGGGUUUGAUGUGUUGAAAUCUGGUGAUGCCAGAGUUGCUUUAAUCGGUUUUCCUUCUGUGGGUAAAUCAACAUUGCUGAACACCCUGACUCAUACACAGUCUGAAGCGGCUUCAUACGAGUUUACGACACUUACUUGCAUCCCGGGUGUUAUUGAGUACAAGGGUGCUAACAUACAACUUCUAGAUUUACCUGGUAUCAUUGAAGGAGCUGCUCAAGGAAAAGGUAGAGGACGGCAAGUAAUAGCUGUAGCAAGAACAGCAGAUCUGGUGCUGAUGAUGUUGGACGCAACGAAGCAAGAUGUCCAGCGACAAUUACUGGAAAAAGAGUUGGAGUCUGUGGGCAUUCGGCUGAAUAAAAGAAAGCCAAAUAUUUACUUUAAAAUAAAGAAGGGUGGCGGUUUAUCUUUCAACUCGACUUGUCCGUUGACUAAAUGCGACGAAAAGCUCGUUCAAAUGAUUCUUCACGAGUAUAAAAUAUUCAACGCUGAAGUAUUGUUCCGCGAGGACUGCACUGCGGAUGAAUUAAUCGAUGUUAUCAAUGCUAACAGAGUUUAUCUUCCUUGCCUUUAUGUUUAUAAUAAGAUUGAUCAAAUUUCUAUUGAAGAAGUUGACAGAAUUGCUAGGCAGCCUAAUAGUGUCGUAGUGAGUUGUAACAUGAAAUUAAAUUUGGACUAUUUACUGGAAAUUUUAUGGGAAUAUUUAUCACUGAUCAGAGUGUACACUAAGAAACCAGGACAACCUCCAGAUUUUGAUGAUUGUUUAAUUUUAAGAAGAGGAGUUACUGUUGAACAUGUUUGUCAUGCAAUUCAUCGAACUCUUGUUGCUCAAUUUAAAUAUUGUCUCGUUUGGGGUACAAGUACUAAGUAUUCACCUCAACGAGUGGGUAUUCAACAUAUAAUGAAUGAUGAAGAUGUUAUCCAGAUUGUUAAAAAAUAAAUGAGGUUUUUGUACUAAUCACCAAACCUCGUUUUAUUAUUUUAUAAUAAAAAACCGUUAUAUUUUUACUCCAUAUAUAACAAACUAAUUUUAUUUUAUAAAAUAAAAAAGAAAUAUAUAUAAAAUAAAAAAUAAAUUAAUUUGAAUAAAUAGCGCUUAAAUAUCCGGGCGCGUAAAAUUCAAAUUCAACACAGGUAACGUUUUAUUAAAAAUUUUUUGUCCAAGUUUUCUUUAUGAUUUAGUUCAUUAUAUAAUUUUAAAUUCAAAGAUUUAAUUGGCGUAAUAAUUCAGCGGAAAUCGUUGAAUAAUAUAAGAAUAAUAACGAUAGUUUUUUUUUUUUAUUUUUUAGACUAUUUGUGCUACCACCUCAUGUAAUAAAAGUCGUGUUGACAGGGUAGUAAAAAGUGAUCGCGGAAUAUUGGGGUGUCUUAUAGCACAUAUAUAUAAAACAACCCUUAGCAGCGCCAUCUGGCAAAGCCGGCCAGGGUCACCCCUCUCUUGUGAGUCUCUCUGGUGAAACACCACCCUUGUGUCGAAGUAUACCCGUGCUCCUGUAGAGUUACAAUAUUACAAUCGUGAAACGUUACAGAGUAGCUUAUUUCAGUGUCCCACUGUGUCACGAUUGAGUUUAAAUAUUCGUAACUAACUCGAUAAAUUAAAACAUACGGGUUUUAUUAAAACAAUCUUUAUAAUUCACGUCUGCGGGUACGUGAAUUACGCGACGUUUAAAUUGUCGCUGCAGUGAUAGCUUGUGAUAGUUGUCUGAUUUGAAAAAAAAAAAAAAAAAAAAAAAAAAAAAAAAAAACCAAGUGCCAGAAGAUUGAGAGAGAAA